AUGUCUUUCCAUCCACCAGUUAUGACAAUGUUUUUCAAUCCACCAGUUAUGACAAUGUCUUUCCUUCCACCAGUAAUGACAAUGUUUUUCCUUCCACCAGUUAUGACAAUGUCUUACCCUCCACCAGUAAUGACAAUGUUCUUCCAUCCACCAGUUAUGACAAUGUCUUUCCUUCCACCAGUAAUGGCAAAGUCUUUCCUUCCACCAGUAAUGACAAUGUCUUUCCUUCCACCAGUUAUGACAAUGUCUUACCCCCACCAUUAUGACAGUGUCUUUCCUUCCACCAGUUAUGACAGUGCCUUUCCUUCCACCAGUAAUGGCAAUGUCUUUCCUACCACCAGUUAUGACAAUGUCUUACCCUCCACCAGUUAUGACAAUGUCUUACCCUCCACCAGUAAUGACAAUGCCUUUCCUUCCACCAGUAAUGACAAUGUCUUACCCCCACCAGUUAUGACAAUGUCUUACCCUCCACCAGUAAUGACAAUGUCUUACCCUCCACCAGUAAUGACAAUGUCUUACCCUCCACCAGUAAUGACAAUGUCUUUCCUUCAACCAGUUAUGACAAUGUCUUACCCUCCACCAGUAAUGACAAUGUCCUUCCAUCCACCAGUUAUGACAAUGUCUUUCCUUCCACCAGUUUUGACAAUGUCUUUCCUUCCACCAGGAAUGACAAUGUCUUUCCUUCCACCAGUAAUUAACAUGGUAUCCCCCUCCAACAGUUAUGACAAGGUAUCACCCUACACCAGGAAUGGCAAUGUCAUUCCUUCCACCAAUUAUAACAAUGUCUUUCCCUCCACCAAUUAUGACAAUGUCUUUCCCUCCACCAAUUAUGACAAUGUCUUUCCCUCCACCAAUUAUGACAAUGUCUUUCCCUCCACCAAUUAUGACAAUGUCUUUCCCUCCACCAAUUAUGACAAUGUCUUUCCCUCCACCAAUUAUGACAAUGUCUUUCCUUUCACCAUUUAUGACAAUGUCUUACCCCCACCAGUAAUGACAAUGCCUUUCCUUCCACCAGUAAUGACAAUGCCUUUCCUUUCACCAGUUAUGACAAUGUCUUACCCCCACCAUUAUGACAAUGUCUUUCCCUCCACCAAUUAUGACAAUGUCCUUCCCUCCACCAGUUAUGACAAUGUCUUUCCUUCCACCAAUUAUGACAAUGUCUUUCUCUCCACCAGUUUGGACAUAGUUUUUGAAGGAGGAAUGUGA